AUGGAUGUGGGUCAGGUUAUUCUUGGAAGACCCUGGUUAUUUGAUAACGACGUUCAUAUCUUCGGGCGAUCCAAUAUGCUAUUGUUCGAGCACGACGGAAAGAAGGUCAAGAUCCUACCGGUUCAACCUAAAGGAAAUGACAAGAAGCCCGAUCCAAACAAGUCUUCCCAAGGCGUUAACCUGAUUGGAGCCAAAGAGAUUGAUCGUGAACUGGCCAACGGAGCUCCUAUUUUCGCCCUCGCUGCUAGAGAAGCUCCGAAGGAUAUUUCUAACGUGGUUCCCCCAGAAGUCGCUACUGUGUUGGAAGAAUUUUCUGACAUCUUCCCUGAGGACCUCCCGAACCAAUUACCCCCGAUGCGUGAUAUCCAACACGCAAUUGAUUUAGUCCCGGGAUCAACCCUUCCUAAUUUGCCUCACUAUAGGAUGAACCCCAAUGAGCAUGCAGAGCUGAAGAGGCAAGUUGAUGAGCUAUUGAAGAAGGGCUUUGUGAAAGAAAGCAUGAACCCUUGUGCGGUUCCCGCAUUACUGACGCCAAAGAAAGAUGGAACAUGA